AUGAGUGAAAACCCCUUUGAAUCUACAUUGGCUGGUAGCAAUGAACUACUUGAAUCUGAAAAUCUUCUUUCCGCCACUAGUGAAGUUUUAAAUCUCCCUAAUCCUUCUCUAGAAUUUUGUACCUUAUCCACGGCUGAAACCUUGGAAAGAUUAGGCACAGAUCCAAUUACUGGUUUGAAUUCAAUUGAAGAAGUUAGUCGCAGAAAAGUUGAAUAUGGUGCAAAUGAAGUAUCUGUGGAAGAUGACGAGUCAUUGAUUAAGAAAUUCUUCAUGAAUUUCUUAGAGGAUCCUUUGAUUUUGUUAUUAAUGGGCUCAGCAGUAAUCUCAUUCUUAAUGGGAAACAUCGAUGAUGCCAUAAGUAUUACAAUGGCUAUAGUUAUCGUCGUUACAGUUGGUUUUGUGCAAGAAUACAGAUCUGAGAAAUCAUUGGAAGCUUUAAAUAAAUUAGUGCCGGCAGAAUGUCAUUUAAUUAGAGGUGGUCAAGAAUCAAGAAUUUUAGCCUCAGGAUUAGUUCCAGGUGAUCUAGUUCAUUUUAGAAUUGGUGACAGAAUUCCUGCUGACAUUAGAAUUAUUGAACAAGUAGAUUUAUCGAUUGAUGAAAGUAACUUGACCGGUGAGAAUGAACCGGUCCAUAAAUCUGCAAGACGUGUCAAUAAGGAAAGCUUCAAUGAUCAGCCAAAUUGCUUUAUACCAUUAUCUAAUAGAACUUCUAUCGCUUAUAUGGGUACUUUGGUAAGAGAAGGACAUGGUAAAGGUAUUGUCAUCGGUACUGGUACUAAUACUUGCUUUGGUGCAGUUUUCGAAAUGAUGAGCAGUAUUGAAAAACCUAAGACACCUCUUCAAUUGGCAAUGGAUAAAUUAGGUAAAGAUUUGUCUUUUAUGAGUUUCAUUGUUAUUGGUGUUAUUUGUUUAAUUGGUAUCAUUCAAGGAAGAUCAUGGUUAGAGAUGUUCCAAAUUUCAGUAUCUCUAGCCGUUGCGGCAAUCCCUGAAGGUUUGCCAAUUAUUGUAACUGUUACCUUAGCUCUUGGUGUAUUGAGAAUGGCUAAACGUAAGGCAAUCGUAAGAAGACUGCCAAGUGUUGAAACUUUAGGUUCUGUAAAUGUCAUUUGUUCCGAUAAAACUGGUACUUUGACCACCAAUCAUAUGACUGUAUCAAAAAUUUGGUGUUUGGGCAGCAUGUCAAACAAGUCAAAUGUUUUGUCAAUUGAAAAAAAUAAAAAUGGUAAUCUGAAGAAUUACUUGACCGAAGAUGUAAGACAAACUCUAAUGAUUUCAAACAUUUGUAACAAUGCAUCCUUCUCCCAUGAACAUGGUAAGUAUCUAGGUAAUCCUACAGAUAUUGCUUUAGUGGAGCAACUAUCUAAAUUUGAAAUGACUGAUAUAAGGCAAAAUUUGAAGAAAUUAAAGGAAAUCCCAUUUAAUUCAAAGAGAAAAUUCAUGGCUACAAAGAUAAUCGAUUCAGAGAAGAAAUGUGGUAUUUAUGUUAAAGGUGCUUAUGAGAAAGUUCUGGAGAACUCUGUAUUUUACUUGAACAAAAACGGUAAACCUGAAAAGCUUACAGAUCAGCUAAAAGAAGUUAUCACAGACUGUGCCAACGAUUUAGCUUCUGAUGGGUUGCGUGUUUUAGCCUUUGCAAAGGUUGAUGUUGAUAAUGAAAAAGCUGAAUUAAAUGAAAGUGAAAUUUCUGGUUUGGUGUUUACUGGUUUGAUUGGUAUGAAUGAUCCUCCAAGAGCAACGGUAAAGCCAGCUAUUGAACAAUUAUUACAAGGUGGUGUUCAUAUCAUUAUGAUAACUGGUGAUUCUGAAAACACUGCUGUUAAUAUUGCUAAGCAAAUUGGUAUUCCUAUUGUAAGUAAAGACGUUUCUGUUCUAACCGGUGAUAAAUUGAAUGAUAUGACUGAUGAUCAGCUUGCUAAUGUCAUUGAUCAUGUAAAUAUUUUUGCUCGUGCAACUCCUGAACAUAAAUUAAACAUUGUUCGUGCCUUAAGAAAAAGAGGUGAUAUUGUUGCUAUGACUGGUGAUGGUGUUAAUGAUGCCCCUGCAUUGAAGUUAGCAGAUAUUGGUGUUUCUAUGGGUAGAAUGGGUACAGAUGUGGCUAAGGAAGCAUCUGAUAUGGUUUUGACGGACGAUGAUUUCAGUACUAUUCUAACGGCAAUUGAAGAAGGUAAGGGUAUUUUUAACAAUAUUCAAAACUUUUUAACAUUUCAACUAUCUACCUCUGUAGCUGCAUUGUCUUUGAUUGCAUUGUCCACUGCUUUUAAGUUACCAAACCCAUUGAAUGCUAUGCAAAUUCUGUGGAUUAAUAUUUUAAUGGAUGGUCCACCUGCUCAAUCUUUGGGUGUAGAGCCUGUUGACAAUGAUGUUAUGAAAAAGCCACCAAGGAAACGUUCUGAUAAAAUUUUAACUCCGUUUGUCUUGAGACGUUUGCUAACGACUGCUGUAUUUAUUAUUAUGGGUACGGUCUAUGUAUUUAUGAAAGAAAUGGCAGAAGAUGGGAAAGUUACUGCAAGAGACACUACUAUGACUUUUACAUGUUUCGUAUUUUUUGACAUGUUCAAUGCUUUGGCUUGUAGACAUUCAACAAAGUCUAUUUUUGAAAUCGGUUUGUUCUCUAAUAAGAUGUUUAACUAUGCAGUUGGUUUCUCAUUGUUAGGUCAAAUGUGUGCGAUUUAUGUUCCCUUCUUCCAAAACAUUUUCAAGACAGAGAGUUUGGCCUUUUUUGACCUGGUAUUUUUGUUCUUCGUAAGCAGUAGUGUUUUCAUUGCUGAUGAAGUUAGAAAAUAUUAUAGUAAAAAGCAAGAAUUAGAGGAUCCAUACUAUUAUUCAAAUGUAUAG